GCUCAUAAAAUUAAAUCUUUACACAAAUCUAUGUGGUGGUUUCUCUUUCCUGAGUCUAUUUCCUUGAUUCCCUUUCACUGAUGAGUGAUGAGGUUGAAGGUGGUGUAUUCUGUUCAUCAUAAUUUGCCAGUGAAGCGUCUUUUUUUGAUGAUCAAGGUUUUUUCACAGUUUCAGACUUGUUGCUACCUUUUAAGUACUGAGACAGUGUCCUCUCUUUCUUUCUACAAGAACUUGUGGCGAUUAUGACGUCCAGACAAAUCCAUUUACGCACCAGAAAAAUGACAAGCUCUCUCUCUCUCUCUCUCUUUAUUUUCCUUUACCUUUCUCUCCUUUCAUCAUAAUAUCUCUGUUGAAAUUACUCCUUUUGAGAAAGCACUAUCUUUCUUUCUUUCUCUACUCCGAUCUUGACACUGCACAAGGUGCAGUAAAUUUAAUCUGCUUCAUGAUGGUUAGUGUUCCAUGCAGCAGUUUGCUCACCAUAGUUACAGUUAGAUGUGGGCAUUGUGCCAAUUUGCUAUCAGUUAACAUGGGAGCAUCACUUCAAACUUUUCCUUCUCAAGACACUCAGCAAUUUUCUACCGUUGCUAAGUUACAGAAACAACACCUAAGCGUUCAAGAAGCAUGCAGCAAGGAACUAGGAUCAUCAUCAAAAUGCAAAUCAUUUGAGCCCGUAGACCAUGAGCAACCUAGGAUUCCUCCCAUUCGUCCUCCUGAGAAGAGACAACGUGUUCCUUCUGCUUAUAACCGCUUCAUUAAGGAGGAAAUACAAAGAAUUAAGGCUAGUAAUCCAGAUAUCAGCCACAGGGAAGCAUUUAGCACAGCAGCCAAAAACUGGGCACAUUUCCCUCACAUUCACUUUGGAUUAAAGCUGGAUGGCAAUAAGCAAGCAAAGUUGGACCAGGGUGAUGGUACUCAAAAGUCUAACGGAUUUUACUGAUUAUAUAUAUAAACGGAAGUUUAUGAUUAUCAGCUGGUUUUUUCUGUGCUUGACCUAAAUCAGUGAAAAAUGAGGUUGAUCAAAUUUCCCAAUCAUACCACUGGAUGGGAGACUCUCCUGAUGAUUGACCUCAGCCUCUCACCCAUCUUUAGUAUAUAUCUAUAUAUAUAAUAUUGUAUGUGUUGCCCUUUUCUAGUUGUUAUGAAAUGAUUGCUAUUCUUGUGAUUGCAUUAAUUACUACGUUAUUGAACUUAUUAGGCACUCAAGUAUUUAAACAUUAUAAGUUCCUUCUAUUAUAA